CCCUCGCCAAAUUUUAAGAUCGAACGGAACACAACAACGUGCUCACCCAAACGGGCCAAAUCCCAGUCCGACCGACUACAUAAUAAUCAUCACUUUCCCAGUAUACAACUCACUACUUUCUUCCUAGCAAUAGUAGUGUGUCCCUGCUCUGUCUCUGGUUGAAGGCUCAAUCUUACGAACACUCUCUGGCAGAUCUCUCCGAUCAGGGGAAAAAGUUGAUGUGGAAUGGAAGUUAGUACAACAAUGCAAGGUUUCAAAGCUAAAAUUAGGGUAGCAGCCGUGGUUAUUAUUUCCAUAUGGAUUGGUCUUGCUGCUAUUUACGGUUUGGUAAAACCAAUUUCAAAUGGUUGUGUCAUGACAUACAUGUACCCUCAAUAUAUUCCGAUCUCCUCUCCUGCAAAUGUAUCAUCCUCAAAGUAUGGGUUGUAUUUGUAUCAUGAAGGUUGGAAGAAGAUUGAUUUUAAUGACCACGUUAAGAAGCUUAGUGGCGUUCCUGUCCUCUUUAUUCCUGGCAAUGGUGGUAGUUACAAGCAGGUAAGAUCAUUAGCAGCAGAAUCUGAUAGGGCUUAUCAAGGAGGCCCACUUGAGCGUACAUUUUACCAAGAAGCUUCCCUAACUCUCAAAAAGGGAGGCGUAAAUAUUGAUGCAGCUGGCUUUGGUUCACCUAACCAUUAUAUUUCAAAGCUAGACUGGUUUGCCGUGGAUCUUGAAGGUGAACAUUCUGCAAUGGAUGGUCGGAUACUGGAAGAACACACGGAAUAUGUAGUAUAUGCAAUUCACAGGGUAUCGAUUUUAUUGUUUUAUAUGUACAGCAUAACAUAUGGAGGUUGAAUUGUAUACCAUAUUAGAAUAAAUGGCCUAGAGUCUUUGUUAUGCAAUAUGAAGGCACUUAAAAUCGUAAUCUUUCCCAACAAGGUUUUGUUACUGCUCAAAAGGAGUUCUCAAAAUGAUUUUAAAUCAUAAGAAACUCUGUACUAGCUUUUUGACAUUUGCCUCACAUAUUCAAUUUGGAGUUUGUAUCCAACAUAAAUGAAUCAUCCAUGACUAUCCAUGUAUUCAAUGAAUCUUUCUUACUGGCAGAUGACCAAUUUUUUAAUUAACCUUCUCUUAUACCCUUAAUUCUUACA